AUGAGUAUUGGCGCGAUCAGCGUCUGCGCUUGGACUUGCGAUCGCCGCGACGACCAUCUCUCCCUUUCUCUCAGGUUAUCGCUCUCUCUCUCCGUCCUUCGGCGGCUCGUUCCUCUUCUUCUUGCAAGGUUAAGGUUACGUCAGACGUGUUAUGUUAUAACCGUUGGGACGCAGUGCGGCAAGUUCAGUGUCUCGACGAGAGUGGCCGCGACACUAGGCUCGCGAAAAGCGCGUGCAUCACGAGGACUGUGCCGCCUG